UCCUCUUAGUAAGUGAGCCAGUUUCAGGCAGUUCAUACUUCAUUCGAAUACUCAUUCUCUGUUCUACUGAGCUGUCAAAUUGAAAGCCCUGUGAGGCCACAUUAGCUAGAUUUAAAUUAAAUAGGUAGCCUGCAGCUAAAAUAUUCUUCAACAACGUUUUCCUUCUAAAAUCAGCUGCUCUCGUCACACUAUGACUCUCGGGUGAUCUUUACAGAGUCCAGGUGGUUCUGGGGUCCAGGUUGGUGUCGUGAAAUAGCGAGCUACACUAGGGAGAAGGACCGCCUGGGAGGGUGUCGCAGAACAGGCCCUCAAGUGACACGGUACCAUCUCGGCUUGGCGACUCUUGCGGAAUGGAGAAAGACCUGAAGAUCGUGAACAAGGAGGAAGAGGAUGAGAUGGAGCUCCAGGGGUACCGGGUUUGUCGGUGGCGUGUGGCUCUGGUGGGCCUGGGGGUUCUCUGCACCGGGGGUUUUCUCCUGCUGCUGCUCUACUGGAUGCCGGAGUGGUGUGUGAAGGCCACCUGCACCCGAACCACUGUCCGAGAGGCUCAGGUGGUUCUGCUCCGGUCCACCGAUGAGUUUAAACGCUGGUUCCUGGCCAAGGUGCGUGUGAUGCUGGCACCUGGGAGAAACCCCUUUGACAGCCUUGAGACCCAGACUUCCCCUCUAAUGGCCAAUAGACACUCUCCCCACCACUUGGACAGCCCUGCCCAGCAGUUCAUCAGGAAGUACGCGGAGUACCAGCCCACUCAGAUCCGCUAUUUUACGCUACACAGCAAAAAGUACUUCUGGAACGACAAGCUCCAGAACUUUGAAGUAUUAACGGGCCUUGAGGACCUGGAUGUGACCUGCUCCUCCGUCCAUUCAGAGCACAGUGCGGGGCUCACCAGCAACCAGCAACAGUACAGGAGACUGUUUUUUGGAGUAAAUGAAAUGGAAGUGAAAGUGCCUUCAAUUCUAAAGCUGCUAUUCAAAGAGGUCCUCAACCCUUUCUACAUCUUCCAGCUCUUCAGUGUGAUCCUAUGGACAGUGGACGAGUACCACUUCUACGCCAUAGCCAUUGUUAUUAUGUCGCUCGUGUCCAUAGCGGCCUCGCUGUACACCAUCAAAAUGCAAUACAUCAUGGUCCGUGACAUGGUGGCAGCACACAGUAUUGUCCGUGUUUCCAUCUGCAGAGCCAACAGCGAAAUUGAGGAAGCCCUGUCCACUGACCUCGUGCCCGGCGACGUCGUGGUCAUUCCUAGCAACGGGACCAUCAUGCCGUGCGACGCGGUGCUAAUCAGUGGCACCUGUAUCGUCAAUGAGAGCAUGCUAACAGGUGAGAGUGUCCCGGUCACCAAGACCAACCUCCCCAACCCAGACGAGGGGGACAGCAACGGCAGCGUGACGUACACCUUGGAGGAGCACAAGAGGCACACCCUCUUCUGCGGCACCCACAUCAUCCAGACCCGCUUCUACUCUGGGGAGCUCGUCAAGGCCGUGGUGGUCCGAACAGGUUUCAGGACGGCUAAAGGUCAGCUGGUGCGCUCCAUCCUGUACCCCAAGCCCACCGACUUCAAGCUGUACCGCGACGCCUACCUGUUCCUGCUGUGCCUGGUGGCUGUGGCCGCCGUGGGCUUCGUCUACUCCAUUGUGUUCAGCAUCAUCAAUGAGGUGCCAGCCAAGACCAUCAUCAUUGAGUCCCUGGACAUCAUUACUAUAACCGUGCCCCCCGCGCUGCCCGCUGCCAUGACGGCAGGCAUUGUCUACGCCCACCGCCGCCUCAAACUCAUCGGCAUCUUCUGCAUCAGCCCGCAGAGGAUCAAUAUCUGUGGUCAGCUCAACCUGGUCUGCUUCGACAAGACGGGGACACUCACAGAGGACGGGUUAGAUUUAUGGGGUGUCCAGAGAGUGGAGAACGCCACCUUCCAUCUGCCUGAGGAGAAUGCCUACAAGGAGAGUCUGGUCAAGUCCCAGUUUGUAGCCUGCAUGGCCACCUGCCACUCUCUCACCAAGAUCGACGGCCAGCUGUCCGGAGACCCUCUGGACCUGAAGAUGUUUGAGGCCACCGGCUGGAUCCUUGAGGAGGCCACAGAGGAGGAGACCUCCCUUCACAACCGCAUCAUGCCCACUGUGGUGCGCCCCCCCAAGCAGCUGAUGCCCCCCGAGGCUCUCAUGUCACCUGAGCAGGACAUGGUACGAACAGGUCACCAGGCCAUGGAGCUGUAUCAGUUGCCGUCGGCCUAUGAGAUUGGCAUAGUGCGUCAGUUCCCCUUCUCCUCGGCACUACAGAGGAUGUGUGUUGUGACCCGUCUACUGGGGGAGAAGCGCAUGGACGCUUACCUCAAGGGGGCGCCAGAGGUUGUGGCCAGCCUCUGCAAGAAAGACACAGUUCCCGAGGACUUUGCAGAGGUUCUGGAGGACUACACCAAACAGGGCUUCCGGGUCAUCGCCCUGGCCCACCGCCGCCUCGAGUCCAAGCUCACCUGGCACAAGGUCCAGGGUGUCAACCGGGACCACAUCGAGGCCAACAUGGAGUUCUUGGGGCUGAUCAUGAUGCAGAACAAGCUGAAGCCAGAGACUCCUGGCGUAUUGCAGGAACUCUGCAGGGCGCACAUACGCACGGUCAUGGUCACCGGCGACAACAUGCUGACCGCCAUCUCGGUGGCCAGGGACUGUGGCAUGAUCCCCCCUCAGGACCGGGUCAUCAUUGCCGACGCUCUGCCCCCCCGAGACGGCCAGGCGGCUAAGAUCACCUGGCACUACGCUGACAACCCAAGCAAACAUGCCGGCAAAGCCCAACUCCUCGAGGAAGUAGAAAUCAGCCUGGAGGACGUGUGUCAAGCUCACGCUCCCAAACCCCAGGACCAGUACCACUUCGCCAUGAGCGGCAACUCCUUUGCUGUCAUCACGGAGCACUUUCAGGACCUCCUGCCCAAGUUGGUGUUGCGUGGCACAGUGUUCGCUAGGAUGGCCCCUGACCAGAAGACCCAGCUGGUUGAGGCCCUGCAGAGUGUGGACUAUUUCGUGGGCAUGUGUGGAGACGGAGCCAACGACUGUGGCGCUUUGAAGAGGGCUCACGGUGGGAUCUCCCUCUCGGAGUUGGAGGCCUCUGUAGCCUCACCCUUCACCUCCAAGACCCCCAACAUCUCCUGUGUGCCCAGCCUCAUCAGAGAGGGACGAGCAGCUCUCAUCACCUCCUUCUGUGUGUUCAAGUUCAUGGCCCUGUACAGCAUCAUCCAGUACAUCAGUGUCACCCUGCUCUACUCGAUCCUUAGUAACCUGGGGGACUUGCAAUUCCUCUUCAUCGACAUGGCUAUCAUCCUCGUCAUAGCCUUCACCAUGUCUCUGAACCCAGCCUGGAAGGAGUUGGUUCCGAGACGCCCCCCCUCAGGUCUCAUCUCCGGCCCACUGCUGUUCUCAGUGCUGUCUCAGAUCAUCAUCUGUCUGAGCUUUCAGACCAUCACUUUCCUCUGGGUGCGACACCAGGCCUGGUACCAGAUUUGGACACCCGAGUACGAUGCCUGCAGUUUCCCCCACCACGCCAACUUCUCCCUUGAGCUCAACUCUUCUGAGGAGUCUGAUGACCACAACAUCCAGAACUAUGAGAACACCUCCCUGUUCUAUGUGUCCUGUUUCCAGUACCUCAUCGUGGCCAUCGUUUUUUCCAAGGGAAAACCCUUCAGACAGCCCAGCUACAAAAACUGGCCUUUUGGGUUGUCUUGUAUCUGCCUGUACGUGUUUCUGUUUUACAUCAUGUUCUACCCAGUCCCUGCUAUCGACAGCUCAUUCGAGAUUGUUUGUGUUCCAUCUGAAUGGAGGGUCACUCUGUUGUUCAUCAUUCUAGUCAAUGCAGCCGUGUCUUUCUUGGUUGAGACCCUCGUCCUCGACAUCGUCUUAUGGAAGCUAGUGUUCAGCCGAGACAAGCAGGGCGGCUAUGGCGUGACCCCCGCCUCAACACAGGGCGGUAUUGACUUCUCGGGAGCCAAAUGUCUGUCGUGGCUGUGCUGCCGCCGGAAGACGGUCCCCAAGGCACGCUACAUGCACCUGGCUCAGGAGUUGAGCGUAGACCCUGACUGGCCCCCGAAACCCACCACCACCACCGAGGCGAAGCCCGGGAACCCCCCCAAAAACGAGUCGUCCUAUCAGAUUGUGGCCGACUCCUAGCAUCCCUCAACCCCCCCCCC